AUGAGCUAUCGUGACAACGGCUAUGGUUUUCCACCAGAUAAGGGUGACUCGCAACAUCCACAACGACCAUCCUAUCCUCGCAUACUAACGAACCCUGACGACCACCCUGCUCCCACCCCAGGACGACCACCGCGGUCAGCCGGCCCUGUCCCACCUCAGCAGCGUUCGAACAUCAUCAGCUUUCAGGAGCCUGAGGAGUACAGAACACCUCUGAACACCAACCCUGCCGUCUCUCCCCCAGAGUAUCGUCGCAGGCCAACGUACGAAAACAAACCUCCAGUCUCUUAUGCAGAUGUGCACGCUUCUUCAUCUAAGCCUGGCGCUGACUUAGAGGAUGGCUAUCAUCCGUUCGCUGAGACAGAUUUUCGCCGUAAGAAGUCGCUUGUUCGGCCUGACCGCGGUAAAAUCGAACCAGGUCACCCGCAAUAUCAUUACCACUCUCAUGCGGCCCUCAUGGACGGAAGUUCUAGUGGAACGUAUAUAGGUAUUGAACCCUCUCGCACCGGGAAUGUCCCCCAUUCCGGUUUGAAACGGGGCAAAUCGCUCCUUGGAAGAGAAGAGGAUUUGCAGGAUUUGGGCUUGAAUGUAUUUAAAAAAAGUGCAAACACUUUGCGGAGGAAGAGGCCCAAUACGACGGGAGCAACACCUUCAAACCAAGCAGGGCCUGGAGCAGAUCUCCCGACGUCAAAUGGGGGGGUUUUCCAGAGCAUCGCGCCGGGUCCUGUCGAUGGGUGGAUGGUUUAUUGUUGGCUUUUGACUUGCUGUGUCCCUCCAUUUCUCCUCAGACAAUGUGGCAUAUCUACACCAGAGCAGCAACGUGCAUGGCGGGAAAAAAUGGGCCUCAUGGCCAUUAUUCUCUGUUUCAUGGCCGGUGUAGGUUUCCUCACCUUCGGCUUCAACGCCGCUGUGUGUGGCAAACCACCAAACAGAUAUCACGCCGGAACUAUCGACAAAGCAUCUAUCAUCAUUCAUGGAUACGACUACGAUUUCUCGCAUUUUAAGCAUCCCCAGGUCUCCGGGGUCUUCACUGGCAAUUCGAAUCCCCUAUACGAAGGAAGUUACAACGUCGCGGGAAUGGAUCUUAGCUUCAUGUUCCAGUAUACUGACCAGUCGUGUUAUGGGAUUCUCACUGCUCCCAAUGGCAGUGCGAUCACCUCUCAUAGUGGACUGCCUGAUUGGCUGUUUCCUUGUAAUCCCUUCAAUCAGUUUGGGACGAGCACUGUGAAUUUCACUGGGUAUGAGAACUCGACGAAUUGUCAUAUCAGGGCGGGGACACAAGCCCUAGUUGCGGCCCAUAAGCCCUCCGGGCAGGUAUACUAUACUUGGGACGAUGUCAACGAUGAUUCCAGGAAUUUGGCAGUUUAUGAAUCAACUGUGCUUGACCUUAACCUCCUGAACUGGCUGGACACGUCGCAAAUUCAGUAUCCUCCUUUGUUCAACGACUUCAAGAAGGCAAAUGACACGUUCAACAAGCGCGAUAUUACGAUGUGGAUUUACCGAUCAAACCUGCAAAAUAUUGCCAAGUGCUUGCAGUCAACCAUAACGGUAGGAUUCAUUGAUACGAAAACUAUCGGCUGUGUUGCCUCCCAAGUGGUUCUCUGGGUGUCUCUCGUCUUUAUCAUUGGCGUCGUUGCCAUACGAUUUAUCAUGGCCGUUUAUUUCGGCUGGUUUGUCUCGUGGCGGAUAGGAGCGUUCAAGAAGGAGUCGUAUAGGCAGCGAAUGGCUCGUGCUCAGGAGAUUGAGAAUUGGACGGAUAAUAUCUACCGACCUGCUCCGAGUCGGUAUCGGCCAAGUGUCGUGCUUAACCCAACGUCAGCCAACGCAAAGAGCCCUGGUGGAUAUGGCGGACCCAAGAGUGCAGCGCAGUUCCUGCCCACUACUUCCAGGUUCAGUAGGGCUGAUGCACCCGCAUACGUCUCGUCCGAUCGCCGCGGUCCAAACAAGGGGUCCCUGUCGCCCUAUGACGUCCCCGUGCGUGGGGCGAGCUCCUUGUCUUUGUCUGACAGUGACAAGAAUCAGGCACUGUGCCCUUUCCCGCUGCAUAAUGUCGUUCCUCAACCACCACCAAAUUUCGCACCAUUUGGGUUUCGUCCGUUAUAUGCAAUUUGCCUCGUCACUGCAUAUUCGGAAUCGUUGGAAGGUAUUCGGACGACUCUGGAUUCGCUUGCCACCUCAGAUUAUCCGAAUAGUCAUAAGCUCCUCAUGGUCAUCGCGGACGGUAUGGUCAAAGGCCAUGGCAACACUCGCACAACUCCCGACAUCAUACUAGGUAUGAUGAAAGAUCUCGUCGUACCUACUCAGGAGGUGGAGGCUCACUCGUACGUGUCCAUCGCUGAUGGCCAUAAGAGACAUAAUAUGGCGAAAGUCUAUGCUGGUUUUUACGAUUAUGACGACAACACUGUCGAGCCUUCGAAGCAACAGAGAGUACCGAUCGUGCUCGUGGCGAAGACAGGUAAUGGUCUUGAGGUUAACGAUCCGAAACCCGGUAAUCGAGGCAAACGAGACAGUCAGAUGGUUCUUAUGGCAUUCCUGCAAAAGGUCAUGUUCGACGAGCGGAUGACGACCAUGGAGUACGAAUUCUUCAACUCGAUUUGGAGAUGUACGGGGGUUAGCCCGGAUCGGUACGAGGUUGUGCUUUGUGUCGAUGCGGAUACGAAGAUUUUUCCGGAUUCCUUGACGAGGAUGGCGUCUUGCAUGGCACAUGAUGAAGAGAUCAUGGGUCUUUGUGGGGAGACGAAGAUUGCGAAUAAGUCAGAGACAUGGGUCACUAUGAUUCAGGUGUUUGAAUAUUACAUUUCUCACCAUCUUACGAAGGCUUUCGAGUCGAUGUUCGGUGGUGUCACUUGUUUGCCUGGUUGCUUCAGUAUGUACCGGAUCAAAGCUCCCAAGGGCUCGUCAAAUUAUUGGGUGCCUAUUCUCGCGAAUCCCGAUAUCGUCGUGCACUACUCAGAAAACAUCGUCGAUACCUUGCACAAGAAGAAUCUGCUACUCCUGGGUGAAGAUCGAUACUUGUCUACUCUCAUGCUGAAAACCUUCCCUAAGCGGAAGAUGAUCUUCUGCCCCCAGGCCGUAUGCAAGACUAUUGUGCCAGACACGUUUAGCGUGCUGUUGUCACAACGUCGUCGUUGGAUCAACUCCACUGUGCAUAACUUAGCCGAAUUACUCUUUGUGCGUGAUCUUUGCGGUACCUUCUGUUUCUCCAUGCAGUUCGUGGUCGGUAUGGAACUUGUCGGUACACUGGUCUUACCUGCCGCUAUCGCGUUCACGAUUUAUCUCAUCAUCAUCUCCAUCGUUCCUAGCGGAACUAACACGACAAUCCCUCUUAUCCUUCUUGCUAUCAUCCUUGGUCUGCCUGGCUUGCUCAUCGUCAUCACCUCGCGAAAGAUUGCCUACGUCGGUUGGAUGUUGGUCUAUUUGCUAUCCCUGCCAAUAUGGAACUUCGUCCUCCCUGCGUACGCUUAUUGGCACUUUGACGACUUUUCCUGGGGUCAGACACGGAAGGUUUCAGGUGAUCACCGAGGCAACGAGGGUGAUAAGGAAGGCGAAUUUGACUCGUCUCAUAUUAUCAUGAAGCGUUGGGUGGAAUUUGAGCGCGAGAGGAGGUGGAAGAGUGGGAUGAACUCGGCAGAUUCCUCUUUUGAUGUUGUGCAGCAGAACAACUCGGCACCCAAGAGGUGGAACGUUUUCAUUGCUAGUCCUUGUUCUAUCUCUAACGAUAUUGUUCUAGGGGUCUCGAGAAGAGAUAUUCUAUGGGCUCAUCCGCUGACACCAAUACUGACACGAUGA